UGACGCCAAUAAAACACUUUCAGAAGCAAUCGGAACAUUCCGGACGACCAAUCGAAAACGACAUAACAAAAUCUAGCAAAAACAACAACAACGAUUAUUUGACACAACAACCAAAGUUAACUUUAUUUUAAUAAAAGAACGGCCCACUGUAUUUUCUUAUUUACUGCUCUCAACGGUUGUUUUUUUCUUGACUUGUAAUCUCCGGUUUUUUCUUUAAUAUUAAUAAAGGAUAACAUAAAAUAUACUUAAUUAUGAUUUUUAUAUUCAAUAUCUAAUAAAAGUAAUUAGCGUAUGUAUACUUCUUAUUGUUUUCUAAAAUUUAAAGAAAGUGCUAAGUCCUAAGUGGUGUGGAUCAAUAUUGCUAUUUGCUAUAAGUUAAAAUAGAGCGAAUCCAAUACAAAUCAUACAAGUCGUAAAAAAGUGAAGUGACAGUGAAGAAUCAAAAAAAUUUAAAAAAAACUAAUUGUAUACAUUAAAAAAGAACAAUUCUCCUAACUAAAAAAAAAACUCCAAAGGAAGUUUCUUUUUCGUUCAUCGGGAACUAAGCAUGGCAAUUAAAGGCAAGUGCAAAAAUGCAAUCCAAAUCUUUAUUGAUUAGAUUCUACAUAGAUAAAAUUGAGAAAAUCGCCAAAAAUGUGGAAGUGUUUUCUGUUAUAUUUUGUGAUUGCUAUCAGUGUUUCUUCUUUGUGGUCUUUUUUUCUACCAAAAUUAUUGUCUCGGUAGUUGCUGUAUGCUGUAGAGGUGAUGAAGAUGGAAUGAGAAUGAGAUUCAACCUAUUAUUAAACUGAGUUUUUUCUAUUAAAAGAUGCAAAAAGUUUGGGAUUUUGUGUUGCACAUUAAACAUUGUUUAACACAACUGACUGAUUAAAUUGAGAAAAAUCAGAAUUGAUUUCAUUCCAGCCGCAAACUUCUCUAUAUUCCAGCAAUUAGGUAUACUAAAUUCCGAUGCAUACCCACAAUUACAGAUUAACAUGAGUUUAUGUACAUCGAUAUGAACAAUCUGAUUUGCUUGUUUAGCGUUGUUAUAUUUAAGGGUUACUGGCUAAAUAGAAUGGUGUAGCUGUGGCUGAAGCUUGUAGUAUUGUCAAAAUUUUACUGAGGGAAACAACAACAAAAGUUGGCGGCAGCUGAGCAAAAAGUUGAAAAUUCUUUAACUUGCGCUAUAAGUUACAGCCACAGCUACACCAUUGUAUUCAGGGGGUUAAGGUCGUGUGCGAAUUGCUUUAAAAUGUUGAUUAAAAUUUGACGUUUGGUUAAAUUUUAAAAUUUACCCAGCUGCGGAGCAGGUUAAAAUUUGACGUUUCUCAAGAUAGAAAGAUCAAGAUUGACGCAGCGUUUGAUGGUUGGCUGAUUAAUUUUUGUCGUCAAAAUUACACUUGAACCAUAACGUUAUAAAUUCACCAUAUAGUUCGCAUAAAUGUCUGACGAUGUUUCGUCUGGGCGUUUGUCACAAAUAUUUGAGUCUCUGUCAUGUCUUAGUGAAAUGCAAAUUCGCCAAGAUAAUUCUCUAUCGCCUUCAUCUUCAGCAAGUAUACCAACUUUUACUAAUGCUCAAUCUAUCUCAAAUAGUUAUUAUAUUCGGCAUCCGGAUGGCUCGGGAUUCAUUUGGCCUAGUGGCACGAAGACAUUUCCAACAACCUCGCCACAAAGUCAUCACCUGCAUUAUCAGUCGAAAUGCGAUACAUCAUCACCGUUGAUGACGAAGCGCGCUACAUCAUUUAGUGGACAAAUAACAAUAUCAAAUUCACACUCUCCUCACGUACAAAGUGCUGCAACAAUUGUUGGAAUUGGAGGUUUUUCUCUCCAAAAGCAACAAACUUCACAGUCCACUCCAAAUAGUCCACGAUUAAUGACGCGUCGGUCACAUAGAACUCCACCAAUCCCCACAAAGCCAAAUGCCGCUUUAAUUGCAAGUCCGGCCCUAAUGACUAUGGAUGUCGAUGCGUCUUGGCCCCAUUUUUCAUCUUUAGCAAAUAAUUUAGAUACACAUCAGGGUAAUAACUUUUCUCAAGUUCUAUCCGAGAUAAAUUGGCAGGAGCGCUGCCUUGAGUUACAAUUGGAACUACAUCGAUCAAAAAACCAAGCUGGUCGUAUACGAGACAUGCUGCGAGAAAAGCUUUCUGAAUUGGAGCAGAGAGUUGUUGAGGCAGAAGGACGUGCCGAAGAAGCUGAAGAUAAAGUCCGGGCAAUGGAACAACGGUUAAGUGAAUGGCCAAAAACACCUCACAUAAACUCACCAAACCAUCAAAAGCUUCCCCUUUCACAACCACAACCUCAACAAACCACCACAAGCCUUCCUUCAACUGAUGCUGAAAAGACUAUAACCUGCCUUGAGAUAGCAGUCGAAGAGCAACGACAGUUACGGUUACAUGACGCUCGUCAAGUAGAAGCCAAAGCUGCUAAAAUCAAAGAGUGGGUCACAAAUAAGCUUCGGGAACUUGAGGAACAAAAUGAACAUCUUCGGGAACAAAACGUCAAAUGCAAUCAGCAGUUAGAGCUUCUAAGGAACCACAUAGCAAAUCAACCAAACCGACAUAGUAGCAUAUUGCCGACCGGUCCAGUACGAAAUAGUCUUAGUUUAGAUGUGCAAGAAUUCAUGUCAGAUACCAAUGAAAGUAGACGACGGAGUGAAUCUCUAGAUAAUCAAGAAUCAAUAAAACCUCUAACUUCAAGUUAUCCUCACCAUAAACACCGCAGAAAUUUAUCAAUGGAACCGCAGGAACUAGAACGUAAUUUGGUGGCAGCUGUUGACGGUUUGACUUUGACACCCCUUUUCGGUAGACCCAAUAGUUCAGACACCGAUACUGCUCACGAUUAUGCCGAAAUCUAUACACCAUCCAGAGAAAAAUUACCAGCAUGGAUGAAGAACAACCCAGCGUUGAUAGCAAGUGGAGGAAGUACAUCAACGACUACGACUAGUGAAUUGGUUGGCUUAGGUGGUACACCCAGGCCUCCAACUCCACCACUUCAUAGAUUUCCUAGUUGGGAGGCGAAGAUCUAUCAGGUAGCCAAUGAUGGCCUUGCAUCAGCAGAUGGAGAUAAUGAUAGACAAGAACCAAAUGUAAGCCAUUUUCCAAAUCAAACAUGCACGUUAGGAAGCGCAAAUGGAAGCGGAGCGAUUGGAGAAGCUAGCACAUUAUCAAGAGCACAACAAACCGCUAGUGGAGGAUUCUGUGAUAUAAGUGUGCCUGUAUAUGCCACUGUGAAAGGACGUGCCUCCCAAAUUCGUUCGAUGCCUUUUACUGGCGAUUCAAGCGAUGAUUCCAGCGAUGGCGAGGAACAUGCUGUUAUGAUGACACAUAACUCACAGAACUCAUCGAGUACAGAAAAUACUGAAACAAGCACAUCGGGAAGUGCAUCGAGUCCUUCAAAAAGUCUGAAGACAUCAUCGAGUUUAAGUCCGGCAAAACGAAGUGGUUCUGAGAGUCCUAAAAAUAAGACACGAGGGAUCUCUCAAGAACCAACUCGAACUCUACGUUCUUCCUACACACGUGGAUCAAUAAUUUCAGAUAUUUCCUUUGAAUCAGGCCUCUCCGACGAUUAUGCGAUACCUCCCGAUGCAAUCUCGGAAUCCACAUGUAUGGAUGCGUCAAUGCCUUCCUUGCUUAUGCGUGCAUCCUAUGUUGAUUCACCAAAUCGUAAACCUGAAUCUUUAGAAAAGGCUGGGCACUUGGCUAAACUUGGUGGUAAAUUGAAAACCUGGCGGAAGAGAUGGUUUGUCCUUAAAAAUGGUUCACUGACCUAUUGGAAGAGCCAGCAUGAUAUUAACCGCAAACCGCAAGGACAAAUUCUUUUAGAUGAAGUCUGUAGAAUAAAUAGAGCUGAAGGGGCUUCUACAUUUGAAAUUGAUACCGGAAAGAAAGUUUACUAUUUAACAGCCGAUUCCAAUGCAACUAUGGAUGAUUGGAUAAGAGUACUUCAAAAUGUCCAACGACGGAAUGCCACUAAGUUGUUGCUUAGUCGAGAAGAUCAGAAACCAACAGUGCAAGGGUGGGUAACAAAGGUGAAAAAUGGACAUGCGAAGAAGUGUUGGUGUGUUCUUUUUGGAAAAAUGUUCCUGUAUUUCAAAACUCCAGGAGAAACGAAUCCCUUGGGACAAAUAAAUAUGCGUGACGCUAGAGUAGAGGAAGUAGAACACGUUUCCGAUUCUGAUUCUGAAGAACGUGAAGAUCCAGCCCAAAGUCAAGCUCGUUUAACGGUUUCAAUUUAUCCAGCCCAUCAGGGUCCAACUUAUUUAAUACUACCUGGGAAACAAGAGCGGGAUAAUUGGUUGUAUCAUCUAACCGUAGUAUCCGGUGGAGGACCACACGCAGGAACGCAAUAUGAACAACUUGUACAGAAACUGAUGGAGACCGAUGGGGAUCCUAAUUGUGUUCUUUGGCGUCAUCCGAUAUUGUUACACAGCAAGGAAACUAUUUCAUCAACACUUUCUUCUCUGCACACAGAAUCUAUACAACCAGAAGCUAUAAAGUUAUUUAAGAGUUGCCAACUUUUUAUGUCCGUAGCAGUCAAUCAACCAGGAAUCGACUACCAUGUUGUUUUAGCUCAAAAUGCUCUGCAACAUUGUCUUGAUAUUCCAGAGUUGCAAACGGAAAUGAUUUGUAUAUUAACAAAGCAAACAUCGCGCCAUACUGGACAGAAACUAAGUGUUGGCGUCCAGGUAAACAAGAAACUGGGCAAGCAAACGCGCCAACUGCUACUAUGUGCCACGCAGAGUUUAUUUACCUGUGAUACACAACAAGGAGGAGCAGCCCAAGCUAAUGGUAGCUCUCCAACAUCUAUUCAGGCUCCAGUCCUCCCGGCAAUUAUAGAUUGCAAAUCAAAUCCACCCGCAUAUACAUUUGUCCAAGGAUGGCAGCUUCUCUCACUUGCUGUUUCUCUUUUUGUUCCGAAGUCUAGCCGUCUCCUUUGGUAUUUAAAGCUGCAUUUAUCUCGCAACGCCGACACAAAGACUGAAACUGGCAAGUAUGCAGCCUACUGUGAACGUGCCUUAGAUCGAACACUCAAAAAUGGCGGACGCGAAACAAAACCCUCACGUAUGGAAGUUUUAUCAAUUCUACUCAAGAAUCCCUACCACCAUUCCUUACCUCAUGCUAUUCCUGUUCAUAUGAUGAAUACCACCUACCAAGUCAUAUCAUUUGAUGGCUCAACAACAAUUGAAGAGUUCCAAUCGACUCUUGCUCAAGAAAUUGGGGCACGGGAAUCAACAAAUGGAUUCUGUUUGUUUAGCGAUGACCCCAUAGAAAAAGAUCUAGAGCAUUAUCUUGACCCGCAAGCCAAGCUUUGUGAUGUCAUUUCAAAGUGGGAAACUGCUUUACGUGAAAAAGGCUCAGGAAAGUUUGAAAAUUCAAGGGUUAUUCAAUUGACAUACAAAAACAGACUGUAUUGGAAGCAUACUAUAAAGUUCGAAACAGACAAGGAGAAAUUACUUUUGUGUUACCAGACCAACCAUCAGAUUGUUCAAGGACGUUUUCCACUAUCAAGAGACCUUGCUCUAGAGCUCUCAUCUUUAAUGUCACAAAUUGAUAUGGGCGAUUAUUCGUUGGAAAAAUCAAGAGGAUCAGGAAACAUGAAUAAUGCAAGUCUAAAGGCCCUAGAUAAAUUCUAUCCUUAUCGAUAUAGAGAUGCCUUGAGUUCAGAACAGUUAAAAGAUAUCCAAGAACUUCUUAUUUCUAAAUGGAUGCUAUUGAAGGGACGUUCCACAUUAGAUUGUAUAAGAAUAUAUUUAACUUGCUGUAGGAAAUGGCCAUUUUUCGGAGCUACUUUGUUUCAAGCGAAACCCCGACAUUCUGAUCAGGCAAUGGCGUGGUUGGCUGUAUCUGAAGACGCUCUUAAUGUUCUCGAACUAUCGUCGAUGGCUCCACUUGCUCGAUAUCCUUAUACAUCAGUUAUGACUUUUGGAGGUUGCCAAGACGAUUUUAUGUUAGUGGUAGGCAAUGAGGAUAAUUUAGUGACAGCUGGAAACACCAACGAGGAAAAGUUGCUCUUUGCACUGAGCAAACCGAAGAUUCUGGAAAUUACUCUUUUAAUUGCGGAUUAUAUGAAUGCCUUAGGGCACACUCUUCCCGGAACACCUCAAAUGAAUACCCUUACAAGAAAUGGAUCCCAUCGAUCACUUAGGUCACGACCUAUACUAGGGGCUUGUGUGUCCACUGGUGGUGGAGCGUCGACGAAUGCCACUACAACAGCUCAUAACACCCUCAACUCCCAUGCCACACAUACUUUGAACUCGAAUCAUUCGCAUACUUUAAAUUCACAAUACAGUGGUAUUGGUAUGUUUAGUGGAGCAAGCCAUCAAAAUACAAUGAGUUCCUCCCAUGGUGGUCAACCAGAUAUAUUAAAAAGUACCCCAGAUCACCAGAGAUUGCAGAAAUAAAACACAAAUGUUUACUUUUGCUUUAUUUAUUAAUGAUUUUUUACAUACCAGUAUUAAGAAAACAACAAAAUGAAAGGACUUGUUUAUAAAUAAGAACAAAUGAUUAAUAACACUGUGUAACACUCAAAAUAUACCCGGGCGGAGACCUAUCACGUUUUGUAGAGAUAGUUGCGCUGAUUAAGAAAUUGUAUUUAAAAACACCCUUACACCCCCGAAAUCUGGAGUUAGGCGCAAAAAACGGUUUUUUGAAAAAAAUCUAGCUUCGCUAAAUUUUACACUUUUGGAUAAAAGACAUUUAGACCUUUUUCAACAAUGUAGAAACAUUUGGUUCGGUUAAACCACCUAGAAUUUAUAAGCUAGCGAAGUUAAAAAAUUUCAUUUUUUGUCUUUUACCCAACUUCGACAUCAGUUUUAAGUACAUAUAUGUUUUUAAAACAACAUGCUGCUUUAAAAAUAUAUUCUAAAAUAAUCGGCCCUAGCGAGAUAUCCGUCGGAGCGGAUUUUGUCCGAUUCAUCCGAAUCGGACAGUUUUUACCUGUCGGAAACGAACCUCGAAGGUCGAAGCAUAUUUCGUAUGAAAUCGGAGAAUCUCCGCUCCGACGGAUUACCUCGCUAGGGCCGAAUAUUUAUUUCCAAACCAAACGAGGUACUUUAUAUCGUCGGUCCAAAGGAAAAACACACUAACUACAUAGGAUUUCAAUAGCAGUUAGUCAGUUUUUCCAUUGAACCGACGAUAUGAAAAUCGGUUGAAUAUUUCCAUAGAAAAAAAAAAUUACGAUUUCAACCCGAAUACAGAAAUUUAAACUGAAUAAAAAUGUUAGUUUCGAUUACCUCCCGAA